AUGCCUCUAGGGUUACAACAUGGUGAUAGACUAUCGGCUGUUUUCAGACUAGGUGCCUUGUUCGAGCCGGAAUUUGACGGUCAGAAACAGUCCUUCGAAUGGGCAGUGGAGAAAAUCAACUUACGGACAGACAUUCUGGGUCAGACUCUAGUUCUGGAUGAUGAUCAAGUCGUACAGGCGCAGGAUAGUUUCGGUGCACAGAGAAAAGUAUGUCGAAUGGUACAACAAGGAGUGGCAGCCAUCUUCGGACCCAUUUCCAGUUUGUCUGCUGCGCAUGUGCAGUCAAUGUGUAAUGCUUUCGAGAUCCCCCAUCUACAGUGGCACUGGGACCCCCGGGACUCACGUGACUACUAUUCUAUCUCCCUGUACCCACAUUACCUCACCCUGAGUGGGGCCUAUAAAGAUCUGGUCAAGUUUUGGGCGUGGGAAGAAUUCACUGUUUUAUACGAAGACAACGACGGUCUUACAAGGUUACAGGAAGUUCUAAAAGCACCGGAAGGAAAUACAGCUAGAUUGACAGUGCGCAAACUCCGUGUUAUAAACAACGAUUAUGUGAAUCUAUUUAAAGAUUUAAAAGAAAGGAGAGCGACUCGGAUUAUUAUAGAUUGUCAUGUUUCUAGAGUCAAAAAAAUUUUACAUGCUGCAUUAAAAGUUCACAUGGUAUCAGAAUAUUAUCAUUAUUUAUUUACUACGUUGGAUUUGGGUCUGGUUGAUCUAGAAGAUUAUAGACAUGGGGGCGCGAACAUUACGGCGUUAAGACUGAUAGACCCAGAAAGAAGAGAAGUGAUAGACGUGAGAACGGAAUGGCUAUUGGAAGAGAGACGGUCAGGAAAAUCUCCCUUGAUGGGGCAAUCUGAAAUACAGACUGAAACAGCUUUAGCAUACGACGCUGUGCAUUUAUUUGCACGUGCAUUACACGAGUUAUCUCAAGCUCAAGACGUCACAACGAGUAUUUUAUCAUGUGAUAAAUCACAGACAUGGAACCAUGGUAACAGUUUACUUAAUUACAUGAAAUCGAUGAAUUUUGAUGGUUUAUCGGGAAAUAUCCGCUAUGAAAAGGGCGAGAGGGUUGAUUUUUCUUUGGAAGUGAUGGAAUUAACAGAAAAUGGUUUAAAAAAGACUGGGACAUGGAACCGACUAUCAGGAGUAAAUAUAACAUUAGAUUAUAAAGAGAAACAGGUAGAGCGAGCUAAAUCCCUGUCCAAUCAUACUCUAGUUAUUCUAGUUAAAUUGGAUGAACCGUAUGUUAUAAAACGAGGAGAAGGGGACUAUAUUGGGUUCUGUAUAGAUCUACUGAGGAUUAUCGCCAAGAAGAGAAACUUUACCUAUGUUAUCAAGGAAGCCGAUGGUUAUGGCUCACAGAGAAAUGGCAAAUGGGACGGAAUCGUGGGACAACUAAUGGACAGAAAAGCUGAUAUUGGACUAGGGGGAAUGUCCAUCACCCACGAAAGAGAGGAGGUUAUCGAUUUUACCAAGCCCUUUCUAACCCUGGGGAUCACUAUUCUAUUCGCUAAGCCUGUCCCCAAGGCCCCCCAACUAUUCUCGUUCCUGUCCCCACUGUCAGUGGAGGUGUGGGUAUAUGUGAUAGCGGCCUAUCUGUGCGUCAGUUUUAUGUUAUUUGUGAUUGCCCGGUUCUCGCCGUAUGAAUGGUGUAAUCCCCACCCCUGCAAUGAGAAUACUGAUAUUGUAGAGAAUCAGUUCACCAUACUUAACAGUCUAUGGUUUACUAUUGGAUCUCUUAUGCAGCAAGGUUGUGAAAUUGCACCUAGAGCUAUCUCAACUCGGCUAGUGGCUGGAAUGUGGUGGUUUUUUACUCUGAUCAUCAUCUCGUCCUACACGGCUAACCUGGCUGCUUUCCUGACGGUUGAGAGAAUGAUAUCACCUAUCACUGGGGCUGAGGACCUUGCUAAACAAAGUUCUAUAGCAUACGGGACGGUUAGAGGGGGCUCUACUAUGUCAUUUUUCGCUAAUUCCAAAAUCGAUACGUUUAAAAGAAUGUGGAGCUUUAUGAACUCGUCAUCUGAUAAUUUUGUGGACAGUAAUAAAGAGGGCGUGGCCAGAGUUAAGGCUGGAGGGUACGCCUACCUGGCCGAGUCCACGGCUGUAGAAUAUACAGUCGAGAGGAACUGUGAACUAGAACAAGUCGGAGGGUUGUUAGAUUCUAAAGGUUAUGGUAUUGCUACACCCAGAAAUUCACCAUACCGAGAAUUGAUAACAGAAAGUAUUUUAAAACUUCAAGAAGAACAGGAAAUACACCGACUUCAUUCCGUCUGGUGGAAACAGUACGGAAAGGCGGGAAAAUGUCGUCAAGAUGAUGGAGGUGCAAAAAGUAAAGCUAAUGAACUAGGGGUAGAUAAUGUAGGGGGCGUCUUCGUCGUUCUAUUAGGCGGCGUUGGUGCAGGUUUUAUUGUCUCCCUUUGUGAAUUUAUUUGGAAAGCGAGAAAAAAUGCUCGUGAAGACGAGCAAACUCUGUGUUCAGAAAUGGCAGAGGAGUUCCGUUUUGCCGUCCGUUGUGUGUCCUCCAAGAAACCCAGUAAAAACCGAACAAAAGACGUCACGGAUAAUGGACUACAGUUUAUGCCGUUAACCGGAUAUGGACAUAAUUCUGUGGGCGGGAAAGAGGUUUACGCAUGACACGAAAUACAAGUUUAGACCCUUUGACUUUCAUCCUAGUGAGUUCUGGGUAAUUUUACGCCAUUGUUGUGCCAUGACCAUGCUCAACCAAGUGGUUACACUGCGCAUGAUCCUUCCAAAAUAUUGUGUAUAUUCGUAAAGGAAAUCUUCCCCCGGAAACAGCAUUAUUUUGUAAGUGUGUGUGAUGGAGUUUUAAGUGUGCGCGGGAAUGGAGCAUGUGCCAAAACCUAAAAUAGUGCCUUAAUGGACCACGUCACUUGUUAUAUUAUAAUAAAAAUAAAUCGGAUUCAGAACCAAACGAAUGAUUCAAAGAAACGAAGAACAGGAAUUAAAAAUGUCAUGACGUCAUUGUGUCAUAUGCUUUUAAUGACGUCAAUCUCAAUUUGACGUAAUAUUUCAUCUGGUGAUGUCAUUGCUCACUCCAAAGUGUUAUUUUACGAUGUAUACAACUUUUAACGAAGAAGAAAAAGAGUAUUUUUGUAAAUAAAAACAUUGUGCAUGUGUCGGGGUGGGGUUUAAAUUAGUCUUCCUAUGUACUCUGUCUCAAUGUCGACGUGUGGAGUCGACUGUUGUCGAGAUUUGUGUAUUAUUUUAGUGUAUAUAGAUACCGUGUAGAAUUGUAGAUAUUAUGACGUCAUAUCGAAAGCAUUUUUAAGAUAUCAUACAUUUGUAUUUUUAUCAUUAUAUUUUAUAAUCAAUUGCUAUCAUUUUGUUUGCAAUUUCUCGUAUUUUAUCUCUUUUGGAAUAAUUUUACCAUAAAGUAUAUUCAGAUUACUGAUAUUGCUAAAAACCAUUUGCUUACUAAUCAUUAUGUUAUUAUCUUUUGAUCAUUUCCAUUGACAACAAUGUUUUAAAAUCACUGAUA